AUGGCCAAGAAUUUAUCAGAUUAUUUGCAGGCACCAAACCACAGAUCCAGGCUGAGGGGAUCUCUGAAAGUGGUUCACUAUUCACUUGACCUGGAAAACCCCACAGAGUCAUGCAAAUCGGGAGGUUCAAAUCUUCAUGUUCCCUUUAAGAACACAUGUGAAACGGCCCAGGCCAUCAAGGGUGUGCAUAUCUGGAAAGCCACCAAGUAUCUGAAAGAUGUCACUGUGCAGAAGCGGUGUGUGCCCUUCCGACGCUACGAAAGUGGAGUGGGUAGGUGCGCCCAGGCCAGACAGCGGGGCUGGACACAGGGUCAGUGGCACAAAAAGAGUGCUGAAGUUUUAUGGCAUGUGCUUAAAAAUGCAGAGAGUAAUGUUGAACUUAAGGGUGUAGAUGUAGGUUCUCUGGGCAUUGAGCACAUCCAGAUGGACAAAGACCCCAAGAUGCAGUGUAGAACUUACAGGGCUCAUGGUCAGAUUAACCCACAUGUGAGCUCUCCCUGCUCCCCUGAGAUGAUCCUUACUGAAAAAGAGCACAUUGUUCCUAAACCAGAAGAGGAAGUUGCACAAAAGAACAAGAUAUUGCAGAAGAAACUGAAGAAACAAAAACUUAUGGCCCGGGAGUAA